GGGGCCGCCCUCGCGGGAGGUGGUUUCUUUGGCAAGAUGGCGGCGAGCGGCCUCCGGCGGGCGGCUGCUGCGGCCCCCGCUUCAGUGAAGCCCAUUUUUAGUCGGGACAUGAACGAAGCCAAGCGGAGGGUGCGCGAGUUGUACCGAGCCUGGUAUCGAGAGGUGCCGAACACUGUGCACUUAUUCCAGCUAGACAUCACUGUGAAGCAAGGACGGGAUAAAGUCCGAGAAAUGUUUAUGAAGAAUUCCCACGUCACAGACCCCAGGGUGGUGGAUCUUCUGGUCAUUAAGGGAAAGAUGGAACUGGAAGAAACGAUUAACGUGUGGAAGCAGCGGACACAUGUCAUGAGGUUCUUCCAUGAAACAGAAGCGCCAAAGCCAAAGGACUUCCUGUCCAAGUUCUAUGUGGGCCAUGACCCAUGAAGUCACUCAGUGGAAAGGUGCAUGUUGAUAUUUAAAUAUUUUAGAGCACAAAUAAACUCAGUAUGUGAUGGUCACUUCCUAAUAGAAUUCCAUCAUCAGUCAA